AUUGUUAAUGUAGGUUAUGAAGAUGCGAUGGCAUGAGCGUAAAGGGAAAGGUUUGGCGAGUGGAUAUAAUUAAUUUCCAACGAGAUAACACAUGAAGGAGCACUGGGUAACCUAAAUUAAAGUGUUGAGGUUGGAACAACCAAGAUUGCCACGUGUCGCGAAAUAAGGAUUAGGGAGCAGUGAGGGUGGAAGCAGUGGAUCGGCUCCAAUAAAUUAUGGGUGGGUUUGUGCAGGCAAUGGCAAUGGCAUUACUAAAAUAAGAUUUAAUCAUAAAAAGGCUGGAUCCGAUUCACGCCAAGCCAUUCCGGUCCCGGAGUUACUUUUUCACGGUGCUGCUGCUGCUGCCGCUGCCGCUGCCGGAGACUCUGCGCCGGAGUAUUACUUUCCCCUAACCACUGCGUUUCAUGCUUCGCUUCUUCCUCUUCUUUAUGGAUCUGCCUUCUGCAACUUUCUUCCUUUUUCGCUUCCGUUUUUCAGAGGUACUGUACUUGUGCAUGCUGUGUUGAGACUCGAGAGCUAGUGUUGGUGUAUCUGAAGAAUUGGAAGAGGUGACAUUGUGAUACAUAUGCAAGUUUUGUGACCCUCUGUUUGGGUGGUUGAAGAUUCUUUGUGGUGGGAGGAAGGUUGGUGUGGUUUGGGAAAAUGUCGUUCAAAAGCAUAGUGAGAGAAUUGAAGGAGAUGAGGGAUGGGAUUGGUAGCAUUUCGAGGCGAGGUGUGGAUAGCAGGCGUUGGAAUGGUAGGACAAAGUCACAUGUUGCUCCUGAUAUUACUCUAACUUCGCUUGAGCCUAUUGAGCAGGGGAAGUGGGCGAAUUUGCCGCCGGAAUUGCUUCUCGACAUAAUUAGUAGGGUGGAAGAGAGUGAGACUACCUGGCCUGCGCGUGCUGUUGUUGUUUACUGCGGUUCGGUUUGUAAAUCGUGGAGGGCCGUUACGAAAGAGAUUGUAACGACUCCUGAACAAUGUGGAAGGCUCACAUUUCCAAUUUCGUUGAAGCAGCCUGGUCCCCGUGAUUCUCCAAUACAGUGCUUUAUUAGGAGGAACAGAGAAACUUCUACAUAUAUAUUGUACAUUGGCCUGGUUCCGUCGGAGAAUGAGAACGAUAAAUUGUUAUUAGCUGCCAAAAAGAUUAGAAGGGCAACAGGCACAGACUUCAUCAUAUCUUUGGUUGCAAAUGAUUUUUCUCGGUCCAGCAACACAUGUGUUGGAAAACUCAGGUCUAAUUUUUUGGGUACCAAGUUCACUAUUUAUGACAAUCAAGCCCCAAACGGAGCUGGAAUUCAAACAGAUAGUCGGUCUAGUAGGAGAUUUCAUUCUAAGCAGAUAUCUUCAAGAGUUCCAGCUUGUAACCAUGUUGUUAGCACCAUUGCCUAUGAGUUGAAUGUUCUUCGUGCGAGAGGACCAAGGAGAAUGCACUGCACCAUGAACUCCAUACCCGUCUCAGCUAUUCAGGAAGGAGGCAAUGCUCCAACUCCAACAUCUUUCCCUCAAAUCAUUGAUGAGCCUUUUUCUCCCUCGCCAACACUGAAAGGAAAAAGUCCAAUCGGAGAUUUAAACAUCGCAAGCCUCCCAGAGCUACCAGUACAGAGCCAAGGCUCAGCCGAGCCUCUGGUACUUAAAAACAAGGCUCCUAGAUGGCACGAGCAACUGCAAUGCUGGUGCCUAAACUUCAAGGGUCGUGUUACAGUGGCUUCUGUUAAAAACUUUCAACUUGUGGCUGCUGUUGAUCCAUCUCACAAUGUUUCUGCUGCAGAGCAAGAAAAGGUAAUCUUGCAGUUUGGAAAGAUUGGAAAAGACAUUUUUACCAUGGAUUACCGUUAUCCACUCUCUGCCUUCCAAGCCUUUACCAUAUGCUUGAGCAGCUUUGAUACCAAACCAGCCUGUGAAUGAAUUCAAUGGCAAUUGAUCAUCUGCUGAAGCAGCUUUGAUACUAAACCAGCCUGUGCACGAGACCAAUGGCACUGGAUGGAUCAUCUGCUGGUUCAUGUCAUAUAUAUAAAUGCUAAGCACAGUUCAUCAGGCAUGGUGGACAUGCAACUGACAUAUUAGUUAUGCAGUCACUAGUAUUUUCCCUUGUGAUGUUAGAUGUUGAGUCUGGGAUUUAACAUUAUGCUGUUUCAUAGCUCUGCAACUAAAAGUAAAUUUAGUGAAUCUUCAAUUUUAUGCAUAUAAAGUCGCAUGGUAUUUCUCA